GCCACGACUCCAGAGAGUCAGCAGAGAGGCUGAGCCGGCUCAGUAAGCAGAGUCUGUGCCAGGAGGAUUUCAAGUAUAGCGCAGCUCCUAGUCUGUCUCUCAUUGUCUGAUCCUCUCCAUUGUCACUGCAACAUUACCCUUUUCCUCUGCAGAUUUCAUAGGAAAAAGUAAAGAUGGAUUUGUACGAUCCCCAAACUUUAGGUGUCAUGGUAUUUGGUGGCUUCAUGGUUGUAUCAGCUAUUGGGAUCUUCCUGGUAUCAACUUUUUCUAUGAAAGAAACCUCUUAUGAAGAAGCUUUAGCCAAACAGCGAAGGGAACAUGAGAGAAAUCAACCAAAAAUAGACAAGAAGAAGAAAGAUAAAAUCAUAGACAAAAAGGCAAAAUCAAAAAGGAAGGAUGACAAACCCAAUGGAAAAAUCCCUGAACAGGAGUAUCGGAGUAUGAAUGACGAGAAAAAAGAAUCUGAAUCUGAAACGGAGGCAGAAGUAGCACCUACACCUGAGGUUCUUGUGGCUCCUGUAGUAAUUCAAACUCAGGAGAAAACUGCACCAUCACUAAAAGACAAAAAGAAAAAACAAGAAAAGAAAGCUCCAAAGGUUGAACCAUCGCAGGCCCCAGAAGUAGCUGUUUCUAAGUCUGUUGCUCCCCCGCUUUCUGCCUCUAAACCUGGAAAUCUUCUACCUGCUGUUUCCAAGCCUUCAGCUUCCCAACCCAACAAUUCUAAAAAUGCCCAGUCCAACAGUUCCAAGCCUGCUCCCAAUGCACAGCCAAACAAUUCCAAACCUGCCCAACCAAACAAUGCCAAGGCAUCUCCUGCUUCCCAGCCCAGCAAUUCCAAACCUGCUACUGCUUCCCAACCCAACAAUUCUAAAAAUGCCCAGCCCAGCGGUUCCAAGUCCGCUCCCAAUACCCAGCCAAACAAUUCCAAACCUGCCCAGCCAAACAAUGCCAAAGCAUCUCCUGCUUCCCAGCCCAGCAAUUCCAAACCCGCUGCUGCUUCCCAGCCCAGCAAUUCCAAACCUGCUUCUCAGCCCAGCAAUUCCAAACCUGCUUCUCAGCCCAGCAAUUCCAAACCUGCUUCUCAGCCCAGCAAUUCCAAACCUGCUUCUCAACCCAGCAAUUCCAAACCUGCUUCUCAGCCCAGCAGCGCCAAACCCGCUGCCGCUUCUCAGCCCAGCAGCGCCAAACCCGUUGCCGCUUCUCAGCCCAGCAGCGCCAAACCCGCUUCCCAGCCCAGCAACUCCAAAUCGGCUGCAGCUUCCCAGCCCGGCAGCACUAAACCUGCUUCACAGCCCAGCAAUGCCAAGCCUAAUGUUUCUAAAUCUGCAGUAUCAAAGCCUGCAGCAGUUUUGGAAGUGCCUACCAAAGAAGUACCUAUUGUUGCAGUUAACCUUGUUGGUUCAGCAUUGACAAAUUCCCAGCCUCCCAAAAAAGCUGAAGCCCUCACAAACCAUGAUAAUGUCAAACAUGAAACUGCUCCAAAAAAGAAGAAUGCAUCAAAGAAAAAAUCAGAAGCAGUUAAUGAAACAGACAGUGCUAUCUACAUUCCAUACAAGACUCUGGUGUCUACCAUCAGCAGCAUGGUAUUCAGUGAAGGAGAAGCUCAACGGCUGAUUGAAAUACUGACAGAAAAGAACGGCAUCAUCCAGGAUACCUGGCACACGGCUACUCAGAAAGGAGAUCCAGUCACAGCUCUCAAACGGCAGUUGGACGAGAAGGAAAAACUGUUGUCUGCGGAACAGGAAGAUUCUACAGCUGCUAAAAAUAAACUUCGGGAACUGAACAAGGAAUUUGCUACAGAGAAAGUCAAAGCACUUAAUGCCGAGUCAAAACUUAAAGAGCAGGUGGUAUCCCGAGACCAGGAAAUUACUGCAUUGCAAGCCCGCAUGCAAGCUAGCUACAAGGAUCAUGUAAAUGAGAUACAGCAGCUACAAGGAAAGAUUCGAACUCUUAAAGAUGAACUUGAGAAUGGGCCUAAUGCUCAACUCGCUCGUCUUCAGCAAGAAAAUUCUAUUCUUAGAGAUGCACUUAACCAAGCAACAAGCCAAACUGAAAGCAAGCAGAAUGCUGAGCUAGCCAAACUCCGUCAAGAGUGCAGCAAACUGACCAAAGAGCUAAUCGAGAAAUCUGAGUCUCUGCAGCAAGAGGAGCAAAAAAAAAAGAACCUUGAUGUUAAAAUAUCAACUUUUGAAAAGCAAAUUUUCCAGCUACAGACUUCAAAACAGGAAGGUGAAUCUACCCUACAAAAAAGACUUAAUGAAGUUAAUGAAGAGCUACGCAAAUCUCAAACAAAUUACGAAAACCUUCUUACAGAUACAGAAAAAGCAAAAGAAGGACAGAAGAAUCUUCCAGAUCUUCAGACUAAACUGCUUUCCUAUGAAUCUGACAAUCAGAAGAAAUCUGAAGAACUGGACAGACAAAACAAAAAGGUUCAAGAAGUUACAAGUGAAAAUCAACAACUCCUAGAAAGGAUUAAAUCUAUUGAAGCUCUACUGGAGGCAGGGCAAAAUAAGGAAACCGAAGACCAAAAACAGGAAAGUAAAGAAGCUGAAAUUGCACAGUUACAAGCCAGAAUUCAAGAAAAAGAAACACACAUUUCAUCCCUAGAAAAAGAAGCAGUCGCACUAAAGGAAACUAUUGAACAGCAUAAAAAUAAAAAUAAUGAAAGUAAAGAAGCUGAAAUUGCACAGUUACAAGCCAGAAUUCAAGAAAAAGAAACACACAUUUCAUCACUAGAAAAAGAAGCAGUCACACUAAAGGAAACUAUUGAACAGCAUAAAAAUAAAAAUAAUGAAAGUAAAGAAGCUGAAAUUGCACAGUUACAAGCCAGAAUUCAAGAAAAAGAAACACACAUUUCAUCACUAGAAAACGAAGCAGUCACACUAAAGGAAACUAUUGAACAGCAGAAAAAUAAAAAUAAUGAUCUACGGGAGAAAAACUGGCAAGCCAUGGAAGCUUUAGGCCAGGCAGAAAAAACACGUGAAGAAAAGUUAAAUUCUGAGAAGAAAUCAAAGGAAGAGUUGGUGCAGCAGCUCAGUUCAGUUCAAACACAGACGAAAAACACCCUGAUAUCUCUAUUUCCACAAAUCACCGUAGAGUCACAGUCCUACAAUGAGUGGUUGCAAGAAUUCAAACAAAAGUCCUCUGCAGUGCUAAACCAGCAGUCGGAGAAAUCAGAGUCUUCAGACUUGUUGCUUAAACUAAAAGAUUCAGAAGAAGCACAGAACACUUUGCAAGCAGAAUGUGAGCAAUAUAGAACUAUUCUUGCAGAAACGGAGGGAAUGCUCAAAGACCUUCAGAAGAGUGUUGAAGAAGAAGAGCAAGUAUGGAAAGCAAAAUUAACCGCAUCAGAAGAAGAACUUAAACAAUCGCAGAUACAAGUGAAAAGCCUGGAAGAUACUGUGGAAAAAGUAAAAUUGGAUCUCCAUAGCACAGACCAGUUGAAAGAAUGUAUUUCAAUCAUGGAGGCACAGCUGGAGACCCAAAUGAAUACAGCAAGCACAGAAUGCCAGAACUACUCAAAAGAAGUAGAGAUUUUACGACAGCUUUUAUCAGAAACACAGAAUCAUCUGGAAGCCACCACAACAGAAGCACGGAAACAAAGCAAAGAGCUCUCACUGCUCAGGCAACAGCUAAGUGAGAUGCAGAACCAUGUACAUGACCGGGAAGUAGCUGACCAUCAAGCUAACCAAGAGGCUUUUGAAAUGGUACCAUCACAGACAAAUGCUGAAGAACAGCGAACAGAGCAAAACAUUUCAGAAGAGUUAGGAGAGAAAUCAGUGAGCAGUUUGCAAGAAGAAUUAGAUAAGCUUAAAACAUCAGAAGAAGUAACUUCUGGCACUGAGGAAGCCCAGCAGUUAAAGGGAGAAGAAAACGAUGCAAACAGUGGAACAUCUGUUUGAUAAUGGAAAAUAAUUACUUCUACCAAAAUGCCUUAAAACAUUCCUUUCUCAAGAAACAAAUAGUAAUAAUGUUUUAGUGAGCCAAAAAUACUUCAGAAGUUGAAAUAAGCAGUAAUGUAAUGAACAAGUUUUUUUGUUACUCUGAACAAACUACAUUCCAUUAACACUGACUGUGUCAGUAUGCCAAACCUACACAUCUACCUUAUGAGUAACAGAAAUCCUGGAUGAUUUAAAAAGGGAAAGACUGUGUACUUUGUACACGAAUCAGUGCAAUUUCUUUUAUUUUGUUUUUGAAGUGAAAGAUGUCUGAACGAAAACUGGACAGUGAAUAUGAAGUGGAUGGUCUACAUACUGUAACUGGUCUCCAGUAUAAAAUCAUGUAAAUUGUUGGAUGCCUAAAUGCCAUUAAAAUAAUGAUGUAGCCAAA